AUGACCCACCAUAACUAUGAAGGAGAGCUGCCGUCCAACUGUCCACGAUGGUCUCCACCCGCCGAUACGUUCGAGAGCUGCUAUGUGGUGCAAAGGGAUCCGCCAGUGUAUCGUGUUGUAUUAUACUCUAAAACCCAAUUGGAUGUUUUAAUGGAGAUGGCGGCGGGAGGGUUAUCAGGAGCUCAAAUAUCGGCUUCGGUGAAGACUUUUCGCCAUCAUGCACCCAUGUUGUUAAGGGAUUUAGUGGAGAAUACUAACAAGAGCGGACCCAUGUCAAAGAAAAAUGUAGCCAUGGCCGUGGAGAGAGAGGAAGAGAAGGUUAAAGAGAUAUUUCGAGUGGAAGAUGUGACUCCAGAGUACAGUGAAGCUCAGACGGCAGAGUUUGUCAGACUGGGCGUCGCCGCGAGUUUGAGUAUCAUUGCGAGAUUACUGGAAGACUCGUGGGUAUUCUCGUUAGAGCUCUGCACUGUGGCUCAGCAUCCGAUGUUCUCGUAUCUGGAUAUACGCGUUAGAUUUUACAGUCGGAUAGGAGGAUUACGAAGUGCCCAUUUGUUGGCGAUCCCCAAGUAUGUUGGCAAGUGUGACAUUAUGAUGUUCCAGACUCUGGAUCGUGUGCUUACUGCGUUACUGCCCGAUUGGAAGAAGAGAUUAUUGGGUAUUAUUACUACCGGAGAUAUCCCCUUUCCAGCGCGUAUAAGCGAAGUCAUUAAGCAUUUCCAGAACGAGACAAAAGGGUCGGCGCUGUACCGCACAUCAAACUGCAUCAGCCAACUUCAACACGCUCUACAGACAUUUUACGCAUCAAUUGACAGUGGGUUUUUCCUCCAGACGCUGAGAAAACUGAGUCAGUAUGUUCGUAAAGACCCUCGCGUUUUGUCGGAGAUGAAGAGACUGCCAGGAUACUGGGAACAAUUUGACUCUAAAGUGCAUUGUGCUUCUAGUACUCCUGUGGCAUUUGGACAAGAGAUCGAUAUGCUUGUGGCCCACAGUGGAUUUCUUCAAGAACACUUGAAAGAAUUCACGGCAACAACGUUGAGGAUUCCUGUAUCUUGGUGGUUGGAGCUCCAAGCCUUACAAUGGGUAACUGCUCGUGCCAAUGCCGUCUUCGGGGUGUUGCAGAAACAACAUGUGACCAUUUCUCAGCAAGCAACAGUUAUGGCCAGCUUGGCAGAAGAAUACAUCACUGGUUUCCACGCUCAGAUCCACGAGAACAGAAACUCAGUGUCUCAAACAACCUCCACCGAGUACAUUUCUCUAGACAAAAGGGUUAGUUUGUCUAAAACGAACUUGGUACAGUUCGUUGUGAGCUCCAGUGAACUUGCACGCGAAUUGUUGAAGCACGGAGGUAGUGAAACCAUCACAGCCACCGCCGAACACUUUGCUUCUGGUGUUGUGAAUAUGAUCGCGUCGCUGGUCGAACUCAGUGUCAGUCUAAAGCAACAAUCUGCUGCUUGCAACGUCGACACUCGUACCAAUCAAAGUACCGUCGUGGAGGAUGUACUGCCCCCAAUUAUGCCACACGAGUUGGCACAGCUUAGCUCGGACGAGUUUGAUGAGCUGCUGGAAGCACAUGAUGCAACAUCGCGGACUCUCGAUGAUAGUGAUGCUCAGGCUAUUCGAGAAGAGCAUGAAUUACUAUGCUGCACAUUUGCCAAGGACGAAACUCUUCGGAGGGCUUUAGAAAUGCAUACGCAAGGCACAUUUGACGCGGCUUGGAGUCUGAUGGAUGCCCGUUUUAAGUCUCUUGAAGCCUUUGCCGGUGGACUCGCGACGGUGUGUCCGUCAAAUGUUAUUCCAUUAAGCGACACAAAAGCUGAAGAUCUGGUGCUUUGUCCGAAAGAUAUGGAGGAAGCAAGAUUAUUACUCGCAGACUUUGAGCUGGAAAGCACUCUGCAUGCACAACAGUUCCUGCCACUCACGAAGCUACAGGAAGAAAUUUACGACCGUGUAAUCGCUGAAAGGCGAACUCGAAAGCGAUAUAAAGCAACGACAAACACAAGCUAG